GUGAAUGAGGGAACGUUAGAUGAAUCUUUAGUUGACUCGUUCAAUUUGCCAAUGUAUUUUCCUUCUCCUGAAGACAUGACUAAAGUGGUGGAGAAAAAUGGUUGUUUUAGUAUUGAGAGAAUGGAAUUGACAUAUCCCAAAUCAAAGCUUGUGGAAGAGGCUGAUGCAAAGACUUUAAUGAUAAAUCUAAGGGCUGUUUUAGAAGGACUAAUAAUAAAUCACUUUGGAAGUAAAAUAGCAGAAGAAGCUUGUGCAAGGACUAUUCUCAAAAGUGAAGAGAUUUCGACAUGGAUGAAAGCGAAUUAUGAGAAAUCAUGUCAAUUGUUUGUCGCUUUGAAGCGUAAAUGAAUUUCUAGGGAGGAAUCUAUGGAAGAAGUUUAGUAACUAAUUUUCCUUUGCUUCGCUUGCUAUAUUAUUUGUUGUUUCUACUGUUCUCGUGACUCUUCUUUAUAACUAUUUAUUGUUGCUACUGAACUUUUUUUCAUUA